CCGUCCCCGGAAAUGCAUUCUUCCCACGCAGCCGCAGGCCGCCGCUCUUCGGCCUCUCUAGGCCGGCAGGUCCUCCGCUCCAUGAUCCUGUCUGUCAGCGCAGUGUCGGGAAUCCACGGGUGAAGCCGGACCGCGCUCGGACGCUUCAAACCCUCGAGCCGGUCGCGGGUAGCCCGGCGGCCGCGGGCCGAUGGCGUGGCUGCGCUGAACGGCGCGAGUGGCUGCCGAGCCCCGGGGGCCGGCAUGGCGGGCCAGUUUCGCAGCUACGUGUGGGAUCCAUUGCUGAUCCUGUCGCAGAUCGUGCUCAUGCAGACGGUGUACUAUGGCUCGCUGGGCCUGUGGCUGGCGCUGGUGGACGCGCUGGUGCGCAGCAGCCCUUCGCUGGACCAGAUGUUCGACGCGGAGAUCCUGGGCUUUUCCACCCCUCCAGGCCGGCUCUCAAUGAUGUCCUUCGUCCUCAACGCCCUUACCUGUGCCCUGGGCUUGCUGUACUUCAUCCGGCGAGGGAAGCAGUGUCUGGAUUUCACUGUGACUGUCCAUUUCUUUCACCUCCUGGGCUGUUGGCUCUACAGCUCCCGCUUCCCCUCGGCGCUGACCUGGUGGCUGGUCCAGGCUGUGUGCAUUGCACUCAUGGCAGUCAUCGGGGAAUACCUGUGCAUGCGGACGGAACUCAAGGAGAUCCCCCUCAGCUCAGCCCCUAAAUCCAAUGUCUAGAGUUGAGCCCUUCGGAUAUUCUGCUGGCAUUUGGGCCCCCUGUCACCUUGGGCUGCUCAGACCUCCAGAUGGGGUCCAGCCCGAGUCGGAGAGGAACCCUGGAAAUGUGAAGUCUGUUGGUGGAGAGAUAGUGAGGUCCUGUCACAAAGGCAGGUAGCAGUCAUGAUCGCAGCUGCAAGAAUGGCCUCUGCCUGCUGGAGCUUUGAUAUCUGGAAGCCAGGACGGGGACCUCAUAGAGGGUGGUAACAGAUUUGGAACCAUGUCAACUCUUGAGCCAUCAUACCGUCACCAGCCUGUUAUUUUUAAAAAGGAAAAAAAAAAUCAAGGAUAUCUGAUUGGCGCAAACACUCUUCUGGUUGCCUGUCUUGCCCUUUGGGACAGCUGGUACCUUUGCCCCGUUGCCAAACCACAGUGGUUCUGUGUGGAGAAACAUUUGACUUCUGGGUUCGUAGCCACAAAAGAGGUGUAGGUGCAAAGUACUAGGCCGCUGUCAGAGGACGAAGGAUGAGGCCUCAAGCACAAGAGCAGUGCACAGCCUGUGCCCCAUUAGACACAUACAAAAGUGUGUUUGUGUGUCCGAGAACCUCUAUAUGGACUCUACCCUGCUGCCAGCUCUCAACACAGCAGGCUGCAGGAUCCAGAGAAGAAUCCCAGCACCCCCUUCCCGCAGCCUUAGCUUCGUAAUAAAAGCCACGGUCUGCUCUCUAGGAAUGACCAGGCCCCAGCUCCCACUGGACCUUAGUUGUGGCAAGAGUUUCUUUUUCCUCUUUUGUUUGAACUCUGUGGUGGGGGAGGGUAUGAUGGGUGCGCAGCUUCCCCAUGGCAAGCUCCACUGACGGUACUGGAGGAGACAGGAAUUUGCUGUGAAGGCUAGAGUUUGCUCCUAGCGUUUCCUCUGUGAGGUGCUGGCAGCUGUCCUUUCUAGGUACAUAAAUACAGUAUUUUCCACA